AUGUUCGUAUCAUCUGUCGCAGUUGGCCUGGCGCUUCUUCCCGCUGCCUUUGCCGUUGUCCACGAUGUUCAGGUUGGGGCAAACGGCCUAACCUUCAGCCCAGAAGCUAUCUAUGCUGAUCCUGGAGAUCAAGUCGUAUUCCACUUCAUGGCGAAGAACCACACCGUUACGGAGAGCUCAUUUGCCCACCCUUGCGGCCGUAGGGAAGGCACCCACAUUGACUCCGGCUUCGUUCCUGUCCCAGCCAACACAACGACUUUCCCCACCUAUACGAUCGAUGUUACAAGCCACGACCCUAUUUGGAUUUAUUGCGCGCAGGCAGCAGGAACGCCCAAUUCGCACUGUGGACAAGGCAUGGUUUUUGCAGUCAACUGCGGACCCGAGGAUGCACCCAACUCGUUCCAUAACUUCCGGAAUGCAGCCCUGGAGGUAGGGAAACAACUGCAAGCCGAAGCCGAAGCCGAAGCGCCCCCUGCUCCAGUCGAGCACACUACGGCCGCAUAUGGAGGGCUGACCAUCCCAGCUGCACCCACCCCGACUUUGAUCACCCAGGUGAUCACCCUCUCGACGUCGACCUGGACAACCACUUAUAGCUCAUAUCCUGGUUCACCGGCUGCUACGCCAGCAACCCUCGAGGGAGAGGUCCACAGGGUCAUUGUCGGUGGUGAGAGCGGACUUGUUUUCGACCCUCCUUUCGUCUCCGCUCUUCCUAGGGACACCAUCGUCUUUGAGUUCCGACAGUCCUCCUUUGAGGAUCCUUGCCGUAGGCUCGAGGGCGGCUUUGACAGUGAUUUCCAGUUUGUCGCUGCAGACGCAACUGAGUUUCCUACCUGGAACUACACUGUGACCGACACUGCACCCAAGUGGGCUUACUGCAGGCAAAGGACUCCCACAAGCCACUGUGGAGCUGGCAUGGUCUUUGCCAUCAACAGCGACGAGUCCUCUGGCCGAAGCUUUGCUGCUUUCCAAAACGUUGCGGAGACCCUCAACGGCACUGCUGUUCCGUCCACCUCGGACGAGGGCAGCGACGAUGCUGACGAUGAUGGUAGCGCCAUGGCACUCGGUGCAAGCAAGAUUGGAUUCACUGCUGUGCUGGGUUUGGUGGUAGCUGCGUUGUUUUGA